AUGGUUGAGAAAGAACAGAAAGCGAAAUCGGUUGGGCCUACAAUAACGUUCGUGACGAUCAAGCCAAAAUUCGAGACAAAUACCAAGCCCAAGCCGGAGGCAAAGAACAAGUCGGACACGAAGGCGAAGAGCAAGUCAGGGACGAAGAGUCAAGCAAAACUGGACUCAAAGCCUAAGCUAGCAUCAGAUGCAAAGCCCAAGUCAACGCAAGAGGCGAAGACCAAAUCAGAGACGAAGAGCAAAGCAAAACCGGACGCGAAGCCAAGGCCAAGACCGCCAAAGAUCAUAACUAGACGGGUGGCGAAGACCAACGCAAGGCAAGAAGUGAAGACUAAGCCAAAGCCAGAGGCAAACAACAAGUCAGAUACAAAGACGAAGAGCAAGCCAGAUCCGAAAGCUAAAACGGAGACAAAGCCAAAGCCAAAGCCAAAGCCAAAGCCAGAAACGAAAACGAAAGCCGGGCCGAAGACCAACCCCGAGAAAAGAAUGAUAAUCAAUCUGGAGACGAUAACGAAGAUUCAGCUGGGAGCCUAA